AUGGAUGAGCGAGUCAAAGUCAAGAUUGGUAGACCAAGGAUUUUGCAUUCAGAGUUGAGAUCGAAGAAUUGGAUAAGUACAUUACUGAAAACAAGUUGAACAAAAAAGGGAAGAAAAAAGAUAAGUUGGAUGCAAUUACAGCAGAUGUCUUACGAAAACACCAAGGAAGACCAAUUGAAGAUCUUUUGGAGCCGCAGCACAGAGACCAGGCAAGCAGUGAAAGUGAUCAAGAUAUUGUAUUGGAGGAGUUUGGAUCAGAAAGUGAUCCUGAAAGUGAGACUGAAGAUGAACCUGAAAAUGAACAGAUACAAACUGUUGAUCCAGUUCCCCUUGUUGUUCAAACACGUUAUGGACGAUAUGCUGGAAAUUGGGCUUUGUCAGAAUUACAUUAA